AUUGGUGUGUACAUACAUAACAACCUCCAACAGCAUAACCGGUGUCAGAUUUUAGGGCACACUGCAACUGCACUGUUUUAUUUUAAUUAAUUAUUAUUAAUCGCUGAAAUGUCCUGGAGCAAUGAAGAGACUUUUAACUUUAUUAAGUUAUAUCAAUCCGAGCCCACAAUUUGGGAUCCAAAUAAUCCACUAUACAAAGAUAAAAACAAGGUCAAUGAUGCGUGGGAUCGCAUAGUAUAUGCCAUUCAAAUUCCUGUUCCUGAACUUAAAAAGAAGAAAGAAUCAUUAAUGGCAGCAUUUCGGUUGAACCGCAAGAAAAAACUGGAUUCAAUUCGAUCUGGUAUGCGAGGAGAUGAAAUUCACAAGCCAGUUUGGGUAUUCUAUGAUGCUAUGGAGGCAUUUUUAGAAGGAGUAUAUGAAUGCAAAACCAAUAUAUCGACAGAAGGAGAAACUAACUCACUUCUUCGUGAACAAAAGACAGCUAAUACUGGAGAAUUGAGAAAACAAGAAAUAGGAAUCUCAAAUGGUGCUAAAAGUAAUUCAGAAACAAAUGAUAAGAAAGUUACGAUUCGUGUAGUGGGGAGACAUGACGUUAAACCUCCCGAAAUAUUGAAUGGAAUUAAACCUCUUGACCCACACGCUGUUAAUACAUUCAACCAGAUUAUGCUUAAAAAAGAACAAAAAACAGAAGACGAGUGCGACUUAUAUGGAAGACUUUUUGCUAACAAACUCAGAAAAUUUUCAGAGUUCGAGAGGCAAGAAAUCAUGUACGAGGUAGAUGGAAUACUACUGAGACGACUUCAGAACCAUUCACAUGAUUCUGAAGAUAGUAAAUCAAUGGUAUUUGAAAAUGAAAGCCUAGCUGAGAUAAAACUGAUGGAGGACUCUAACGAAGCAACAGAUAAUGAGGAUUCAAAUGAAGACAGAAGUAUAAUACAUGAUGUGGAUGUGACAACUAGUAUAGAAACAGAACUGGAUGAACCAGACACACAUCAAGAAGAAAAUGAUCCACUAGAUCCAGAUGUACUUAUUAAUGUCCGGAGUCGUAUUAAGAGCACAAAUUUGAGGUGUGAAACAUGUAAUAAAAGUUUUUCAGAUAGGAGGUCGUUCACUGUGCACAACCGACAACACGAUAAAAGCAAGUGUGAUAUCUGCGACCGAGUCAUUAGAGUAGACAACAUGAGGAAACAUGUCUUGAUGAUGCACACAGCAGAACCAUCAGUUUGUCCUAUUUGUGGAGCCACAUUCAAAAAUUCUGAGGGUGUAAGAUGUCACAUAUUUCAUUACCAUAAGCAUACUGCUCAACGGUAUGUUUGUGACGAAUGUGGUAAAACUUUCCGAAAAAAAUAUAAUUUCUCGUUGCAUAAGAAAAAGGUUCAUAUGUGUCUAAAGAGCUUUAAAUGCAGUACUUGUGGAAAAGCUUUCUUUACCAAAGCCAGUUUAUCCGCACAUGUUCGAAUGACUCACGAAAAACAGAGACCUCAUGUUUGUGAAUAUUGUGGUACUGGAUUUUCAUCUAAACAUGUUUUAAAAACCCAUAAAAGACAGCAUACCAAUGAAAAACCGUUCGUUUGUGAGCACUGUUCAGAAGGGUUUAGGCAGCGUGUUUCAUUACGGUCCCAUUUGAAAUCAAAACAUGGAAUAGAGGAGGUCAAGGAAUUCUUUUGUGAAACGUGUGAGAAAGGUUUCGCUACAAAUUGGGCUUUGAAUAUACAUCAAAGGUUACACGAAACUAAGAAGUGUGAAAUUUGUUCAGAAAAUUUUGCUGGAGAUGAAUAUCUUGCAAACCAUCUUAUAGAAGUUCAUCAAGUAGAAGUAGAAAUAAAACAAGAUAGUUAAAAGUAA